AUGCAAAGAAAGGAGGCAACAGAAGCCAAAGGACAAUGGAGGAAGGACGACGUCUCCAAGAUAUACAGAAGCGGACAGUCGCAGACCACCGCCGAAGAAAACAUGCACGACGACGAGCGUAUCUGGCCGGUCCUUUGAGGUCUUUUUCGGCCCCUCGCGCCUCACUCUUUGUGUGAGAGUUAAGCAACAAUGCACAUAAAAUAAAUUGCAUUUAACGAAGCGUCCUGAGCCCUAUACAGAAACAAAAUGGGCAAGAGAAUGGAUAAAACGUUUUCGGCGGCACAGCCGGGUUUCGAUUCGACCAUUGUGUUCGGUGGCCAACCCACAAAACUCAAUAUGCUCGUUUUGAGACAUCGCCUCAGGACAGAAGCUCUGAACUUUGUUGCGUAAUGCAGAAGAUUCGCUACGUUUCUCCGAGUGGUCAUUCUGAAUGGGUCAUGAACGCGUUAUGCCCUGUGGCGACGCGACACGUGCGCUUCGAGAUCGUACGAUUGCGCAAUAAGCAUCCUUCCGGUUCUCACUUAUUUGGCAUAUUAAGCCCUCGGCGAUUUCUUCUAAGGACAACAAACAGCUGAGGUUUCGCUUAUAAUGAAGACCCUACGGAUUCGAACUUUUCGAUAUCAUUUUCAAAGUCUUCGAAAGCAGACAAAGUUUGAGGUUAGAAUAAAUGAAGACAAACGGCUGAUACUUGAGUAUUUCUUGUCAGAUUUAAAAAAAUCGUUAUAGAUGAUUUGAGAGGAAAAAAAUGAAAGGAGUUUUUUUCGAAAAAAAGAACGAAAAAAAAUGGUACAAAAUAAGAAAAAAAGGAAAGUAACUUCUAAGAAAGUUUAAAAAGGAAUCAACAUGAGGUGAAACAGGGAGAAAAAAAGUUAUCAUUAAAAAAAUUAGGAAAUAGAAUAAUCGAUUCUUGUCAUUGUGACAAAAAAACCGCAAUUAUGUUACUGAUAAAAAGAAGCAAAUGCCUCAAGUGACAUUCAGAAGGUUAUCAUGAGAGAACUGGGUUGAAAAAGUUUUUCAUAUUAUAGUGGCCGUAGGAACUUCAAUUUUGCCACUGUUUUUCGAAUUUUGAGGUAACAGAAGUUUAAAGAAUUCUUUCAGAAAGAGAUAUAUUAUUUUAAUUAGGAGUAAAAAUUGGCCGACGGGACCUAGUCUUGAAGUUAAGCAAUUGCUCAAAUUUAAAAAAAAUUUAAAAGUGUAGAUCACUGAGGGAAAAAGUUUCAAAUUGAGAAAAGAAACGAGUACUGCUUCAAGAGGAGCUUUGAAAUGAGACUUCAGAAAGGUAAGUAGCCAAAAAGAAUUUUGAAAAAAACUCAAAGUUUUUAAAUAUUCGAAAUUCAUUUUUUUGCUGGAAUAAAAAAAGCAGAACGGCUAUGAAUAAGGCCAGGAGCAUCAAGAGAGUCGCACAGGUAAGUCACAAAAAUGAAGGAGUUGAAGGCCGUUCCCGAACGGAAGCUGGCCCUCUGAAUACAGGAGAAGCAGAUGUUGACCUAGUGGGCAACUACUGUGUAAGGAAGCGUCUGGAAGUAGAUGAGAUCCUCCGAAACGGCACGGCGAUUCGUCGCGUCGGCAAUGACCGCGCGGUCGAGUGA